UUAAAUCGACGGACCAAUCGGAGCAUUUCGAUACCGAGUAUCACUUGGACGCGUCCUAAAAGUGUCCGCACAGUCUCAGUGGCUCGGCGUAUGUAGAUUGUGCGCUGCUGAGGUGAUAAAAGAUAAUUUCGAGAGCAGACUACCGUGGCGCGCUGUGGGAGCAGCAUCUCUGGAUGAUUCCAAAUGAGUGUAGUAAAUUGAAUCAAUUGAACGACCGUCUUCCGCCGCUGAUUGGUGCGUUCGCGGUCGCCGCUGCAGCGAAGGACCUCUGUGAUUGAACCCAGUGCGGUCCAGACUAUGUGUGCCGUGAACGUUAUGGACCCCAGGAGGUGAUGUGGUGAUGUGAUUUGAUGUGAUCGUGCCAAUUUGGACUGCAAAAUGUACAGAUUCGUAAGCUGGUGCGUGGUGCUGCUAUCAACGGGCACUGUCCUGGGCAAGGAGCUGACGGACAUCGAGAGGCUCUCUGCCAAGCCGAAGCAUUGCAGCUAUGCGUACGCCUUCGACAUGUACGGCGCCCACUGCGCCGGGCUCGGCCUCGCCAGGAUACCCAGCCUUAGAGGAGGGAUUGAGAUACUCGACUUCAGCAAGAACAUGUUGAAGAACUUACACAAGGACACGUUCUCCAGCUACACAAGCAUCAAGUUCCUGUACCUGUCGGAGAACUACAUCCGCCACAUCGACGAGGACGCGCUGGCCGCGCUGACCGACCUCCGGACCCUCGAUCUGUCCACCAACGCCAUCACCAAGCUGCCCGACUCACUGUUCCAGCUUCCGUCUCUACAGAAGCUGUAUCUCAGUGGAAACGCACUCACAUACCUAGACUCUCACUACACAGGGAUAGCUAAACCUAUAGCAGCGCCGUUGGAGCUGAUAGAUGUCUCGGAUUGUGAGCUAAGAGAGGUCCCGGACCUUGGCACGAUUCCAGAGCUAAAGUUCCUGAAUGUAUCUCACAAUCCACUCGUCUCGCUUCAGACGUCAGUGUUCGCGAGAGCCUGCAACUUGGCUAAAGUGGAUAUAACCGGAGCUAUUGAUGUCAUAAGAUUGUGCAGUCUAAGGUCCACCAUAACGUGGUUUGAUGAGAAGCACGUCUAUUUUGUGCUGGAUGACUAUUCCAGAUUGAAUACCAAAGAAUUUGCCAACUGCCCCAGAGAAGAGAUUUCAGCAGAGUUAAACGCGACGCACACGGAAUGUAAAUCUUCAUAUUUGCAGGUGCAAACGAUGCGGUCAUCGCAGCGGUCGAUGUUGACGAUCCUGGCGGGGCUGGCGGGCUUCCUGGUCGGCUUCAUCCUGCUGCUCUACCUCACGCAUCGAUGGAACGUCUCCAAGACGAAGAAUGCCGAGAAGAAGAUGAAACCCACAGGAGACGGCGACAAACAAGCCACUGCCAACCUCCUGCACAACGUCGCUUGAGUUGCUACAAGACUCGUUGUGUAGAUUAGAGCACAAUAUUGCACAAAUGCGAAUAAUUUCUUGCUUGCCAUACCCAAAGUUAGUUGUUAAUGUUAAGUUUGGUUAGGCUUUGUGAAGUCGUUUACUAGUAUGAUAAUGAUGAUAGAUGGGUACUGUUAUAUUAUUUGAUUUGAAAAGGUUAUGGUUGUGGAAAGAGCCACCAAAAACACAGUCCAAUUAAUGCACUUCGAUUGUUACAAGUCAAUUCUCUAUAGGAAGCAGAUAUAAUAUUGCAUGGAAAACGUUGUAUCCCAUAGAAAUAGAAUAAGUAGAAGUUGGUAUGUUCCUUGGUUAGAAUCUACAUUUCCAAGUUUAAAGGUGCAUCAGAUUUGUGAUUGUUCCACGAUAGAGGCUAAAAGUAACAAUUACAAAGUCUGAUUAGAAUAAAUCAUAUUUUAAGUUAUUUUCCCUUUUAAAUUAUAUAGGUAACUUAGUUUAACAUUCAUCACACUUUCACUACGUUUAGAUUUUAAUGUUAAUUGGAUAUUAAUUCAGCUUACAACUACGAGUGGUAAGCCAUAAAUUCACUGUGAUAAUAAAAUGUUGCAUAUUUUUAUAAUUAAAUAUUUUUACCAAAGAA